AUGUCUUCCCCGCCCUCACGUUUCAAUCGCUCCGACUCCCCAGCUGGCUUGAGUGACCCCGGUCGCGGCACUGCGCGCGAUCCCGUCGCGGGGGAUGGUUUUGCGGCCACCGCCUUUGGCGGCAACGCUGGUUCAGCAAUUGCUGCGGAGCCUGGUUUGCCGGCGCGCGACGCGCCUGAGCAAGGUCCUGCGACUGGGCCUGUUGCAGCGAGCCCGAUGGGCCUCGCAGGCGGCGCUCCUCGCGAGAUCUGGGAUGCGUCGCCUCCUCCGGUUCCCCCGCCCCUGUACGGGGCACAAGACUUCCACCAGCAGUGGACCUGGCCGGCAUACCUGCGUCCGGACUACAACCGACCCUGGACCCGUGCCACGGUGUCGUUACGUGACCUCCUCCGCACCAUGAUAGAGCUGGUCCGCGACAUGCAGCCGCACUACCACGGCGACUCGCGCGGGGUGCCCGACCCGACGAACUCAAUACGAAGGCAUGCAACAGAUGCAAUCCGCGUGGGCCCCAUGGUCCACGUGUACAAAAUUCUCUGGCGGGAGAGGGGCCCUCCGCUCGUGUGGUCGAUGGUCGUCGUGGCGGCGCACCCGAGCAGGAGGUGGUGCUUUAUCGAAUCGUGCACCACCUAUGGUCAACAAGCGGCAUGA